AUGGCUAAGAAAGCGUCUCCCUUUAACCUUGCGCAGUGCGCAAGGCCCAAUAUCCUCAAACUCAAGCCCUACCGAUGUGCUCGAGACGACUACAAGGAUGACGGAAAGAACAUCCUCCUCGAUGCGAACGAGAACGCCUACGGUCCAGGUCUGGCGCUGAAUACAAACGGAGACUACAAGCAUGACCACGUCGAGAAACCGCGGGUCGACUUCUUAGGGCUAAACCGAUACCCGGACCCUCACCAAGUAGCACUGAAGGAACGCUUCUGCCGAUUGAGGAACACGCGCACACAUACCGAUAAGACGCUCAGGCCGGAGAAUAUGUUCUGCGGUGUCGGAUCAGAUGAAGCCGUUGAUGCACUGCUGCGAUGCCUCUGCGUCCCUGGAAAGGACAAGAUCUUGACUUGCCCUCCAACAUACGGCAUGUACUCUGUGAGCGCGGACGUAAACGACGUGGAAGUGGUCCAUGUGCCGUUGAACGCAGAAGAUGGCUUCUCUUUGCAGCCGAAACUUAUUGCGGACAAGCUCUCUUCAGAUCCCUCGAUCAAAAUGGUAUAUAUCUGUUCACCCGGUAACCCCACCGGCGCAGUCAUUUGCAAGGAGGAUAUUCAGCAAGUGCUCGAACAUCCGACCUGGAAUGGAAUCGUGGUGGUGGACGAGGCUUAUAUUGACUUUGCUCCUGAAGGAUCAAGCCUGGCGGAGUGGGUGCUUGAAUGGCCGAAUCUGGUUGUUAUGCAAACAUUGAGCAAGGCCUUCGGCCUGGCAGGAAUACGGCUAGGUGUCGCAUUCAGCAGCCCGGAGAUUGCUGGCUUGCUCAACAAUAUGAAAGCGCCUUAUAACAUCUCCAGUCCCACGAGUGCUAUCGCGACCGCGGCAUUGGAGCACGACAAUCUGAAAGUCAUGAGACAAAAUAGAGAAAAGAUCCUCAGGCAGCGAGACAGGCUCCUGCAGGAACUUCCGCAGAUACCGGGAGUUGGGCGCUUUUUGGGAGGAACUGAUUCAAACUUCCUCCUUGUUGAGAUACUCGACAAGCCACGGGAGCAGGGAGGUCGACCGGACAAUGUGACCGCUUUGGCCGUAUACGAGACAAUGGCCGGGCAGCGUGGAGUCGUGGUAAGAUUCCGUGGUAAGGAGUAUGGAUGCAACGGAUGUCUGCGAAUCACUGUCGGCACGGAAAAGGAGGUAGACCGGUUCCUGGAAGAACUCAGAUCGGUCUUGCAGCAGAUAUACUCGUCGCGCGGCUCCCAGGUAGACGGCGUAGGCGCAGAGGAAGAGAAGCGUGAAACAGAGGCCAACGGGGUGUUAUCAUGA